UAAAAAGAUAACAACUAUAAGAAAAAGAGAAAAGAAAAAUUAUUAGUUAUUGUUCAAUUAUCAAAUUGAAUUGAGAUAAUUGAUUUGGAUCAGUAUAUUCGUAAAAAGAGUAGAAGAGUGAAAAAAAAUAAAGAUUAAAACAUUUUAAAUUAAAUUAAUAUGAUUUCUGUUAAAACCAAUGGUUUUGAAUUAUGAAAAGUUAAUUUGAUAAUAUUCAUUCAGUUACAAUAGGUUAUUUUUUUCCAAUACUUUAUUUUAUAUCAUGUAUUUGUGAUUUUAUUUUUUGAGUUGAAUUGAAUUGAAUUGGAUUAUAUUGAGUUUAUAUUUGAAUAAAAAUUGAAACUAACUAAAAUAUAUAGCCGGUAAGGGUCGUGUUGGAAAACAUAGAAAGCAUCCCGGUGGUCGUGGUAAAGCUGGUGGUUUACUUCAUAAUAGAAUUGCCAUGGAUAAAUACCAUCCAGGUUACUUUGGUAAAGUAGGUAUGAGAUAUUUCCACAAACAAAAGAACCCAUUCUGGAAGCCAAUUGUAAAUUUGGACAGAUUAUGGACCUUGUUACCUGAAGAUAAAAGAGAGUAUUAUUUAAAGAAUUCGUCGUCCUCCAAGGCACCAGUUAUUGAUACAUUGGCUGCUGGUUAUGGUAAAGUUUUGGGUAAAGGUAGAUUGCCAAAUGUUCCAGUUAUUGUCAAAGCUAGAUUUGUUUCUGAAUUGGCAGAAAAGAAGAUCAAAGAAGCUGGUGGUGUUGUUGAAUUAAUUGCUUAAAUUUUGUAAUUAAAUAUAAUUGAACAUAAUAAAUUAUGAUAUAAUAUAAUAUAAUAUUAAUUAUAGUGAUAAUUGUA